AUGGCGCAUCAUGACCAUCAAAGACCUGGGAGCUUGGCUAACACAGAGAACGAGUUGUGGUUCAAUAUUUCGAGCUCUACCAGACAACGACAACAACAACAACAAAGCUCCAGUCGCGCUUCUGAGCAAUCAGCAUAUCGAGAGACAAAUCAUCGGAGGAGCACCGGCUCCAAUCAGUCGGCUUCGACGAGAUCUUUUGCGCUUAUACCGUCCAUAUCCACUACCAUCGAUUUGAACAAAGCGCUGCCGCCCUCACCAACAGAAUCUGAAAGGAAGAGACGCAGACCGGCUUACUUACGCUCAUGGCUUGGACGUUCUCCUUCGAGCCAUUUAGAUCCCACUCGCCUGUCACCCCAACCACAUCAACCACAUCAACCACUUCAGUCGAACCAGCGGCACUCGGCAUCUGGCGCCAACCUAAGUGUACAGACGCAUACCUCAUGGGAUCAUGCAUAUUCCCGCAGUAUGCCUAGCUCGCCGUACGAGUAUGGCCACGCCGCGCCUUCAGCGCAAUCAAGAGCUCCUCGCGCCAGCUCAGCAGCCGCGAACUAUCCAGACGCCAUGAUAUAUCAGUCGUAUACUCCACCACUACAUCAACCUUCAGACACUACAUAUUUUGCCCAACAACCACGUCCUUCAUCACCCAGUGCCUAUCUUGACACGACACCUCCUCGCGCCCGCACUUUCCCUAGUGACACCAGCAGUGCAAGUCCCACAAUGCGAGAGGGUGUCUCACAUAGACCACGGCCACACACUUGGCUGUCACCUACAGAUUCUUUCAGUGAUCCUUCGCAGUUUUCACUGUUCGUACAAGCGACCACCGGCCUGCCAGAAGACGCAGACCCUCUCUCACCAAACGAUCCACCUCAGCUUCGAGGCUCACUGUUCGCCCGACGAAGUGGAAACGAUGUUAUCCCACUUCCGUUUCAACAUGAGCAGACCACGACACCCAGACAAUUACGAACCGACUGGCAGAACUUUGAGCCACCACCUUUCACAAACCAGGUCAUAUCAGGCUUCUCACUCAGUCCUUCACGAAACGGAGAUUCGCUACAAUUACAACAAAGCCCUCAAAUGGCUGCAGUAAACAGAGAACUCGAGUUGCUAGGCUUAGAAGAUGAUGAAUUACUAGACGAGGAGUUGCCAGACUACGCACAGAGUCAAGCAGAAGCACAUGCAAGAAGAAGGGCAGAGGCAUCCGCAAGAGCAAGAGAGUUGGAGGCUCGAUGGAGAAAUCCUGGAAGCGGCUGA